AUGGUAUCAGCAGCCGGCAGCUGGGCUGGGAGCCGGAUAGUGAUGCUCCACCAAGAUGAUGUGUCCCUGCCGGCAGUUGACGCCGUGGCCAGCAUCUUGCCCAGAAAGCAGCCAUCGGAGGAGCAGAGGUCCCAGGAGAUCAUCGAGGACCAUCAGGAGAUGGAGGUGAGUGGCUAUCGCCUGGCGAUGCAGCGGAUGGCUGGGGACCUCCUGUCCCUGCGCCAGCAGGUCACCAGCCUGGAGAUGGAGAAUGGGCACCUGCCGGGUGAUGAAGAUGUGGCACUGGCUAUUGCAGCCACCCUCAAGCACAAGCUGGCGGCUGGCACGGCGGAGAUGAGGAGGCUGAAGGACCGUGUCCAGCAGCUGCAGAAUGAGCUGAUCCGGAAAAAUGACCAUGAGAAGGACCUGGUGCUGCUCCAGCAAGCCCACCAGCAGGAGAAAGUCACGCUGAGGAGGUGCCAGGAGAAGGUGGCCAAGAUGAAGGGCUUGGAGGAGACGGUACGGCAACAGGAGAAGGUGAUCGAGGCAAUGGAGCAGGUGCUGCAGGAGAAGCUCUCCAGGGUGGGCAGGAACGCUGAGAAGCAAGUGGGUGAAGCCCUCUCUGGGGAGGUCUACACUGCACUGCUGGCCGAGAACCACAGGCUGCGGGAGGAGCUGGCAAGGCACCCCCACAACUUGGCCCCCAUCGCCCUGCCGCCCCCAGCCUUACCGCUGGAGGAGACAGCAAGGAGGUGGGGACGGGAGAAGCAGGAGCUCAGCACUCGGCUGCUGGAGAGGGACCACGGCUUCCCCUAUGCCUCGAACCUGCCGGUGAUCUCCAUGGCCCCCCGGAGAAGACCGCAAGUUCUACCCCCCCUGCCCUGA